AUGACCGUCAACGGCACCAACGGGGAUUCCCCGUCUCUCGGCGAACUUAAGCAUAUCUCUUCAACUCGCUUAACUCCCAGCCUCAGCAUCCAUUCAUUCUCUAUCCUUACAAACCAUGAGUUCAGUCGGAGCUUCCGUCCAAGCCAACACCUGACUCUACAAUUCCCGCCUGAUCUAGACCCUGUAUCGGGACCCCAGAAUUUAUCGGACCCGGAGAGAUGUCUUUCUUUCACACCUUUCCAUUUACAGUAUGCAGAGGAUGGGGCCAUUGAGAGCAUCUCUCUCAUGGCGCGCAAUGGUCGCGUUACCGGGCUGUUGGGACUCCCAAGGCCGCAUGGACCGUUGGUCGCUAAGAUUGUUGAGGUCGGUGGUGGAUUCCCCUCCGAGGUCAUGGAACAAACCGGCCAAACAUUAUGCAUUGCUGGCGGUACUGGAAUCGCACCAUUUAUUUCUAUGGCGGCGGCCAAAAACUGUAGCCACAGUGCCACUGACCUGAAGCCCAGUCUUAUUUGCAGCAUUCGCGGGGAUGACUUUGGAGUUAUUGAGUAUCUCUGGAACCACGAGAUGCUUUAUCCGCGAGAUUGGAAUUUGAUUCGAAUUUUCGUGACGCCUGGAGAAGAAGAUGGGGGGUUGGCUGCUGGCAAGUCACAGAGCUGGUGGCACCAGCGCUUCAAAGAGCUCCUACAUGACCAUAACGACAGCGAUGUCUUCCGCCUUGGGAGGAUCGAGAAAAAAGACUUGGAGGGUUUUAGUAAAGAUGGAGAUGGACCAGUGCUUUUCUGUGGAAGUAGGCAAUUGGAAUGGCAGGUCAAAAUGUGGUUUCUUGGCAAGAAAGAUAUUCAUUGCACGGAGAGAUAG